GUGGGUCAAUUGGGGAUAUCUAAUCGGACAUAAUUCGACCAUCCCGCUCUCUCCAUCUCCCUCUCUCUCUCUCUCUCUCUCUCUCUCUCUCUCUGUGUGAAACGCAGAAGAGGAAUGGAUGGCGACGUUGAAGAGUAGCUGAGGAAGAGACAGAGAAAGAAUCCCUUUUUUGGGGAUUUUUCCUCUCGUAAGCAGCUCGUACAGCUUGCAUCACGUCCAUAUGUAAUGGGAGAAGUGUAUACCUUACCCUGUAACAGAACUUUAUGCAAGAGGAAGAUAUUCAGUUGGAGAUAACACGAGCAAGAUUUUCAGAUGUUCUAAAAAGGCAUGGAGAAUUAACUGAGCGUCUCUCUAGGGAUGCUGACAAGGUGGUGUUUGAGCAUCUACAAAAAGAAUUCGAUGCUGCCCGUGUUUCUCAAACUGAAGAUAUUUGUUUAGAUGGUGAAGAAUGGAAUGAUGGGCUACUAGCAACAAUAAGGGAGCGGGUUCACAUGGAGGCAGACAGAAAGACAAUGCCGGGGGAUACAAACAUGGUGCCUGGUCCUCAUUUUCAGGAAAAAACUACUUAUAAAGUUCGGAGUAAGGUGAUUUGUUGUCUAGAAGGAGCAAGAAUUGGCAUACAAUAUGAGACAUCUUUUGCAGGAGAACCCUGUGAGCUUUACCAUUGUGUGCUUGAAAGCAAAUCAUUUCUUGAAAAGAUGACUGUCCUUGAACACACAAUUCCCUUUUUUUUACCAAUACGAGAAGCAGAAAUUGAUCUUCUUUCUUCCAAUGCCAUGAAAUUUAUAGAUUAUGUCGGAGAACUUUUACAGGCUUACGUGGAUAGGCGGGAACAGGUCCGGCUUAUCAAGGAAUUGUAUGGAAAUCAAAUUAGAGAAUUGUAUCACAGCCUUCCAUACCACAUGGUUGAAUUUGUGCUAGAUGAUUCUGACUGCAAGGUAACAGCAAGUCUUAGAUAUGCAGAUCUUGUCUCUGUAGUUCCUACUCGAAUCAGAGUGCUUGCUUGGCCAUCCAAGAAAAAUAUUAUUAAUGCUGCAACUCUGAACAGAACGGAAAGUGGAGUGCUGGGAAGUCUCCGAAUUCCUGCACGCCUAUCAUAUGCAGAGGAUGCCUUACGAACCAUGAGCUUACCUGAAGCAUACGCAGAGAUUGUGUUAAAUAUGUCUCGAGAACUUCAGCAUAUAUUUCAUCAUCAGAGUCCCAGUUAGCGAUUCUGUACAAAGCUGUAGCAGAAACUGGCUGGGAUGGCUUUAGCCGUUGCUUUAGCAAAGAUGAGCGCAUGGUUUUCUUGUAAAUAUGUACCUCAUGUUGCUACCAUUCUCAUUUGGAUAUCAAGUAUCGUUCAUGGUGAUCACACGUCAGUCUGCUACUGAAAUGAUUCCCAUUCUUAGAUGAUAAGAUCCAAUGAUGAGAAGAAGCUGUUUUUUUUUUUUUUUUUCCUUAUCAUCAUAGCUAGAGAGAGGAGAAUACAAGAUGUAUUUUAGCGUUUAGUUUGGACUUUUUAUUUGUUUUUUUUAAAUUUUUGUAUGUAAAAAUUAAUGCGAGAAGAGAGAGAGAAAGACAUUAAACUGCAUAGAGUUUUGCUACUUAUCAUUCAUUAUUCUACACACAACAUUAAUUUUUUUUUA